GAAGAACACAGUGAGGUGCCACGCCCCUCCUCCCUUCCCUACAAUCCCACCGAAGCAAACCAGGGAUGGCGCAGGGAUCUCUCGUCGUGCCUGUGUGCUGAGGCUGGGGCUGUCACUCAUUCUCUGAUCAGCUCCUGAAAGCAGCUAGAUAGCAGCUGGGCAAAAAUAUAUCUGUGUAUCCCUAUCUCAAAAUAUCCCGCAAUUCUGGUGUGUGUAGGGGGGAUUUUUUUUUCCUUUUCCGUCCCCCGCGCCCUCUCCUCGCUUUGCAUCUGAAUCUGUCGUCUUAACCCGCUUCACGAGGAAAAUACAUAUAUACAAGAAAACUUCGUCUCCGUUCAGAUGACAAUGCUCCGACGCCGGGAUCUCAUCUGGACUUGGCUAUUCCUCGGGACUGCAGUCUCUCUCCAGGUGAACAUUGCUCCAAAUAAGGUGGAGGUGCCUGUUGGAGAGUCCAAAUUCUUCUUGUGUCAAGUGACUGGUGAUGCCAAACCCAAAGAUAUCUUCUGGUUCGCCCCAAAUGGCGAGAAGCUGACAACAAACCAGCAGCAUAUCUCCGUGGUGCGGACAGAGGAUUCGUCGACUCUCACCAUCUACAAUGUCAACAUUGAUGAUGCCGGCAUCUACAAGUGUGUUGUCUCCAGCGAGGAAAUGGAUGAGGAAGCCACACUCAAUGUGAAGAUUUUCCAGAAGCUGACCUUCAAGAAUGCCCCCAGCCCACAAGAAUUCAAAGAAGGAGAGGAUGCAGUCAUUGUGUGCGAUGUAGUCUCCUCGCUGCCUCCCACCAUCAUGUGGAAGCACACGGGCAGAGAUGUUGUCCUUAAAAAAGAUGUGCGGUUUGUUGUGCUAUCCAACAACUACCUACAGAUCAGAGGGAUAAAGAAAACUGAUGAGGGGAUGUAUCGGUGCGAAGGAAGGAUCCUGGCCCGUGGAGAGGUUGAUUUCAGAGACAUUCGGGUCAUUGUCAAUGUGCCUCCUACUGUCCGCUCCAAGCAGGGCACCGUGAACGCCACAGCAAACCUCAGCCAGUCAGUCAAGCUGGUGUGCGACGCGGAUGGCUUUCCAGAGCCAACCAUCAGCUGGACCAAGGAUGGGGAGUCAAUAGAAAGAGGGGAGGAUGAUGAAAAAUACGGCUUCAGUUAUGACGGCUCGGAGCUCAUUAUCCUCAUGGUGGACAAGAAUGACGAAGCGGAGUAUGUCUGCAUUGCCGAGAAUAAGGCUGGCGAGCAUGAUGCCACCAUACACCUCAAAGUCUUUGCAAAACCCAAAAUCACCUACGUGGAGAACAAAACUGCUAUGGAGCUGGAAGAUCAGAUCACCCUGACCUGUGAAGCUUCUGGGGACCCCAUCCCCUCUAUCACUUGGAGAACUUCUACCCGGAAUAUCAGCAAUGAAGAGAAGACUCUGGAUGGGCGCAUUGUGGUGCGCAGCCAUGCACGGGUGUCUUCUCUGACGCUGAAAGCCAUUCAGUACACAGAUGCUGGGGAGUAUAUCUGCAUAGCCAGCAACACCAUAGGGCAAGAUUCCCAAGCCAUGUACCUGGAAGUUCAGUAUGCCCCAAAACUGCAAGGUCCUGUUGCUGUUUACACCUGGGAAGGCAACCAAGUGAACAUCACCUGCGAGGUGUUUGCUUACCCGAGUGCCGUCAUCUCCUGGUUCCGGGAUGGGCAGCUGCUACCGAGCUCCAAUUAUAGCAACAUCAGGAUCUACAACACGCCAGCGGCCAGUUACCUGGAGGUGACACCAGAUUCAGAAAAUGAUUUUGGAAACUACAACUGCACGGCAGUCAACCGGAUUGGUCAGGAGUCCUCGGAGUUUAUCCUUGUGCAAGCGGACACGCCAUCUGCACCUUCCAUUGAGAGAGUGGAACCCUACUCGAGCACGGCCCAAGUGGAAUUCGAUGAACCCGAGGCCAGUGGCGGCGUGCCCAUUCUCCGGUACCAAGCAGAGUGGCGAGCACUGGGGGAGGAAGACUGGCACACCAGGAUGUAUGACGCCAAGGAAGCCAACAUGGAGGGCGUGUUCACCGUCAUAGGCUUGAAGCCAGAGACAAUGUACGCAAUCCGAUUGUCUGCAAUCAACGGCAAAGGCAAGGGCGAAAUCAGUGGUCUCUCCGAGUUCAAGACACAGCCAGUUCGCGAACCCAGCGCUCCAAAGCUGGAAGGCCACAUGGGAGAAGAUGGCAACUCUAUUAAAGUGAACCUCAUCAAGCAAGAUGAUGGCGGCUCCCCCAUUCGGCACUAUCUCAUCAAAUACAAAGUUAAGCAUUCCACUGAAUGGAAGCCUGAGAUGCGCCUUCCUUCCAGCAGUGACCAUGUGAUACUCAAGGCUCUUGACUGGAACGCAGAGUACGAGGUCUAUGUGAUUGCAGAGAAUCAGCAAGGGAAAUCCCAGCCAGCACAUUACGCCUUCAGGACUUCAGCGCAGCCAACCAUCAUCCCAGCCAGCACAAGCCCUGCGUCCGGAUUAGGCACUGCUGCCAUUGUGGGCAUCCUCAUUGUUGUAUUUGUCCUCCUGCUGGUGGCUGUGGAUGUCACCUGCUACUUCCUGAACAAGUGCGGCCUCUUGAUGUGCAUUGCUGUCAACCUGUGUGGGAAAGCUGGCCCCGGGGCAAAGGGCAAGGACAUGGAAGAGGGCAAGGCUGCCUUCUCGAAAGAUGAAUCAAAAGAGCCCAUUGUGGAAGUGCGAACAGAGGAGGAACGGACCCCAAACCACGACGGAGGCAAACACACGGAACCAAACGAAACCACGCCGCUAACGGAGCCAGAGCACCCUGCCGAUGCCACGGCAGCUACCGAGGAUAUGAUGCCGUCUGUCACCACAGUCACCACUAACUCUGACACUAUCACUGAAACCUUUGCCACCGCUCAGAAUAGCCCCACCAGUGAGACGACCACCCUCACCUCCAGCAUCGCUUUGCCAGCCACGGCCACGCCCGACUCCAAUUCCGUGGCGCCCAAUCAGGGCACGCCUUUGAAAGCGGCAUCGGCAUCUUCGCCCCCACCUGCUUCCACCCCUAAAGUGGCUCCUCUGGUUGACCUCAGUGACACUCCUACUUCGACCCCAGCCGCUGGCAACUUGUCGUCUAGCGUCCUGACUAACCAAGGGGCGGGGCUGAGUCCCAGCUCCGCCACAAAAGCACCUGAGGCUCCCAAGGGUCCCGCCGCAUCCAGCAAAUCCCCUGCACCUCCACCCCCAAACCCCACUAGCUCUCCAGCCUCUUCAGAGCCAAAGCAGGAGGCCUCCAGCACCAAAAGUCCAGAGAAGGAAGCCACACAGCCCAGUGCAGUGAAGAGCCCAACAGAGGCGGUGGCCAAGAGUGCAGUAAACCAGAAAGGUGAGGCUGCCACGGGCCCCCCCACAAAUCCUGCUCAGAAUGAGGACUUUAAAAUGGACGAAGGGACCUUCAAGACCCCAGACAUUGAUCUUGCCAAGGAUGUUUUUGCCGCGUUGGGCACGGCGGCCCCUGCGCCUGGAGGCCAAGCAGCUUCUUCUGGCCUGGAGAGUUCUGCGUUGCUGGCACCUGCAAAGACAGAGAAGACGCCUGUAGAUGAAAAGUCCGCAAUUCAUGCCACAGAAGCCAAGAUGGCCCCCGCAGAAGUCAAGACGGUACCCAACGAAGCCACGCAAACAAACGAGAAUGAGAGCAAAGCAUGAUGGGCAACAGAUCCGAAACAAAACAGAGUUUAAAAAAAAUUGACAGAACAAACAACUUCACCUGAGCAUUUAAAACACACAACACGCAUCUCAUCCCUCUAAUGUCUUUGCCUUUUUUUUAAGAAAACAGACAAAAAAAUGCAUACAAUGGGGGAAAUGUAAUUGGGUUUUUUUAGGUUUGUAGGAACAAUUUUAUUUUAUGUGCACUUGCUUUUAAGAAAAAAAAUUAUUUUUUUCUUCUUCUUCUACAAGGAUAAGCCCAUAAUCCCAUUAGGACAAUUGCAAAAUGAAAAACCCAACUGCAGCAUGUUUAGGAGAUUCAGAACAGAAUUAGGAAGCCAGGCUUGGUUCUGCCAGGUUGAGCUGACACAAUCGGCCAGUCGUGGAUCGUUUAUUUUUAUACUUUUCAGCCAAGUUGAGAAAAAUCUGUAAACUCUUUGAAGUAAGUUAUCCCCCACCCACCCCGCUUUUUUCCCUCUGUUCACUUUGGAUUUGUACUCUGUACUCAAAAGUGUGUUUGCCCUUCCUAACUGAAUUCUGUUCUUCUUCCUAAAGGCCCAGUCCCCCGUCAAUGUCUCUUGCAUGGACCCAUUUGGAAUGAACAGGAGGUGUGCAAGGUUCCUGCGUAUGUUCAUUUCAGUGGGGUUUGUGUGGAAGAUGUUUUGGGGAGAUUGUGCACCCUUUGGGCACAGGUCCUAAUUCCAAUAUUUGUUUCAUUUUAGGAAGCAUGCUGUUGGGCAGUUUUGGGAGUUUAUAUUUCAAAGUGCAGUAUUCCUUGUUUUUGUUUUUAUUUGAGUUUGCCAACAUUUUAUUUUCUUCCAGUGUUUACAGUUGACAAAAUGUUUUUUAAAACUUUUGUUGUGUUUAAAUGUCUAUGUAAAAUAGCUGCCUUUUUUAAAGAGAGAGACUGAGAGAGAGAGAAAGUAAAUACAAGCUAUAUAGAUGGUAGGUUGAUCAGCAUGCUUGCUUUGCAAAGGGAGACAUUUUAAAAUAUGGAUGUUUACAGUAGAUGUUUCCCCUUUUAUUUUUUUCCCUCUCUUUUAAUUAUUAUUAUUUUUAUUGCUUACUGGAGUAAGAAAAACAAGCAAACCCUUACCUUUGUGCUCCGUUUUAUACAGACGGGCCACUUAAAGUCCAAUCAGUCUCCUGGUUCAGGCUAGCCUCCUAAUAAGCAUGAGCUUGACUUUAAGCAUGUGAGUGGAGGGGUGAAUUUUGAAAAGCAUCAGUGCAAUCUACACAAUUUAGGGCAACGAGAAUGGUGGUUAAAAUGAGCCUGCACACAAUCCAAGUGUAGAUGUUUAGGGUCAAGAAGUAUAAGUCCGUCUUAAAGAAUGAAUAGCUUGUGCUAAAAACCAGAGCUUCCAAAAGGCUUCCUUUAAAUCAGAAUUUGCUUUUGAUGGAAAUGAUAUUUCCAGAGCAUUUUGUAGAUCGGGCUACUGGACUGCUAUGGGUCACUUUCAGGCAGCUCAAAAAAAGAGUUCAGGUACACAUUUAAUACACUGAAUUAAAAUAGAACAUAA